CCUGUGUCCGCGUCUGUGUUGAUUGAGGUUGCGACGUGCGCGCAUUCGUAAACGUAACCGGAAAUGGAGUUGUCGUCACAGCGAAGGGUGUGUGCAAUAUGAUGAUGCACUUCUUUGGACCUUAAGAAGGAUUAUGUCUGUGAGGAUGAGAUCUGACGUUUUGCACUAGAAAGUAUAGGAGGAUGAAAAGCAACCUCUGUCAUCAAAAACUGUACAAAUGAUAUGACCAUUCUCCUCUUAUCAGUCUCCACACUCAUCUACUAAAGAGUUAAUUGCUGGCCAUCUACAGAAAGUCUUUUUAUAUUACAUCAUCGAAACCAUGGUGGACAACCGAUAUGCCACGGCGCUGGUCAUCGGCUCUGUGCUGAGCCUGCUUGCCACGGUCUAUCUCUCCGUUGCAAUGGGAACGCAGCACUGGUACCAGUACCACAGCCAGCCGGCCAGCAAUGAUGCCAACAACGGCUCAGACCUGCAGACUAUGCGGCAUGAGUUUGAGGCAGAGGAAAGCGAUGAGAGGAACUACAGCAAUGCUCUGUUUCGGCUUAAUGGCACGCUGGGUCUCUGGUGGCGCUGCAUUCUGGUGCCCCGAGACUCGCCCUGGUUUAGAGAGCCUGAUCCGAUAAUGGUGACAAAAUGUCAGGCCUUUACUUUGCAACAGCAGUGGGAAUCCAAGUACAUACUUCCUGGAAAUGUUAACAGCGGAGAAGAUCUGCUGCGUACAUACCUGUGGAAGUGUCAGUUUCUGUUGCCGCUGGUCUCUGUGGGGCUGGUGUUUCUCGCGGCGUUGAUCGGAGUGUGCGCCUGCCUUUGCCGCAGUAUCACUCCCACACUAUUCGUAGGGCUGCUACAUCUGCUGGCCGGCCUGUGUUCCGUGGCCACCGUAUGCUGUUUUCUCACUGGCAUCCAUUUGCUACACGAAUUAUCCGACCUGCCCGAAGGGAUGGACCGUUCUCCAGGCUGGUCUUUGUUUUUGGCCCUGGUCUCGUCUCCGCUGCAAAUCAUGGCUGCUGCGCUCUUCAUAUGGGCCGCGAGAAGCCACCGCCAACACUACACUCGAAUGACAGCAUAUAGAGUUGCCUAAGCAAUAAAGGACUGACCGUACAGUCGCCGAAGCGAUUGUACGCUCUCACAGAAAGCACACAGCCAUGCUCGCUUCAGCGGCUGCUUUUACCACUAACCAAGCUAAAGUUAUGAAGGAAACCGCUCAGAACACACUGCUCAAAGUAGGUUAGUAGGUUAACUAACACCGUCCACCCAUAGCACUCUCCUGUGAAUAUAUUAAUCUUUUGAAGGUUCUUCCUACUAUAUAACUGCCUUUUUAACCACUCUGUUAGCAUCUGUGCUGUUGCUCAACAGAAAAGCAUCUAUGAACACUAUAAACAACAGUAGUUAUUCAGGGCUUCACCUUUUGUUUUGUCACACUUGUUGACUAAACUUAUUUUGAUGUGUAGGGUUAGUUUCAUCUCCUAGUCGUGUUUUAAAUAACACCUCUGUUUUUUUUUUAUUCAGCCUAGAUUGUAGCUACUCAGUGAUAUCUUGAAGCGAAUGCAUUGUACUAGUGCUUCCAAGAUGCAAUAGGAUUUUGCCUUGGCCUGAAA